AUGGUAGGGAGCGCUCCCGAAGCGAAGCGAGCUCAGUUUGAGCAGUAUAAGGAGGAGCUGAGUAGGGAUGGUUCCAUUGGCGAUGGCGCCGCCUCAACCGAUGGCAGCGGCGCUGUCUCCACCAGCUCCGCCGCCGGUGACGCCAGUCUGGACAUGGCCAAGAGCCACACCAGCGACGGCAUGAGCGGGAUCGCCGGCGACGCAGAGAACGAGGGAGCUACGACAAAGCCAAACGACGCGACCACCGGCGGCGGUGACGGCAGCGGGGGCGGGGGCGGGGGCGGGGGCGGGGGAAACACCGUCGCUGACAAGAUCGAUGUCGAAGCGGCACACACCCUGCUCGCUAUGCGCAGCGGGAGUGCCGGUGAGGCAAGCGGGGCCAGCUCUCUCACCCAACAGGACGAGCUAAUGUCCUCCUGGUCGACGUCAGCACCAGCGGUGUUUCCCUCGUUGGUGAGCCCUGCGCCAGAAGGGGACGCAACGGCGGAGCUCCUGGAGCUCAUCGGCAAAUCAGGGAACUCGGACUACCUUUUAGACGCUCUGUAUUUCGGCAGCUCCCCCCCCCCCCUCCAGACCAUGAGCACUGAGGACUGGAUGGACGUAUGCAUACGGGAAGCGAUGUCGACAUCUUCCGAUGUUGUGCCAGGGAUCACGGACCCUGGCCCCACCUUGGAGGAGGGCCGGGGAAACCCCUACGGCAUCUCGGCGGAGAUUGAGAGGUUGUAG